AUGUCUCUCAAGUCGUCACGCCAGCGAGAUGAAGCUGAAGAAGAAACUCAAUUAAAGCGCCCCAAGAUCGACGAAGAGGAAGAAGACGAGAAAAAUGAUAAUGAUAAUGACAACGUUGACGACGACGAAUCAAAACCAUGGGCAAAGUUGAUCUCAUUAACAGAUGGAUUUGAGAACAUUUUGAUUUCAAAGAGACAACACAGCAUCGGAAGAAGUCGAACCUGUGACACUCAACUGAAGGAUGAAGCAAUAAGCUCUCAUCACUGUAUCAUUUAUAAGCACUAUAAGAAGGAGAAUGGUGAAUGCCGAUGCGAUUUAAUUCUCGAAGAUAACAGUAAACGAGGUAUCGAGUUUAAUAACAAGAACAGCGAACGAAUGAAGCAGAGACUUAUCAAGAGUGGAGAUGUCAUUGGUUUAAAGCUAAAGGAUCAAACAGUCAGAUAUCAAUUCAAGGUGCUCAUUGAAGAUGACAUAUGUGUAAGUAGACGGGACUGUUCAUGGUGGGAACAAAGAUUUGAGGAUAGGUAUAAAGUACUUGAAUGGGUCGGCAAAGGCCAAUUUGCACAUGUGCAUAAAGUCGAACUCAUCGGCACGGGCAAGACAUUUGCUGUGAAGACGUUGAACAAAACGACUAUCAUGAAUAAUGAUAAAUUACUCAAAGCACUCAAAAGUGAAACUGCAAUUAUGCAGAACGUUAAACACGAUAAUAUUACCAAAAUAUUCGAUACAUUCGAUACUGGAGACGAGUUCAAGAUUGUAAUGGAAUGGAUACCGGAAGGAGAGUUAUUUGAUCUAAUUGCCAGUAAGAAUGGACUAACUGAACGACAGACAAGAACGAUAUUCCGGCAACUUUUUGAUGCUAUCCAGUUCCUGCAUGGGAUGCACGUAGUUCACCGUGAUCUUAAACCCGAGAAUAUUCUUAUGGUUAGCAGAGAAAACCUUAUUGUAAAAAUAGCAGAUUUUGGGUUAGCUACUUGGAUGCAUGAUCGUUCAGUGCGAAUGUCCACUCUAUGUGGCACGCCGACAUAUGUUGCGCCGGAAAUAUUGACACCCAAACCAGUGCGUUCCUAUAAUGCUGCCGUUGACAUGUGGAGUCUGGGAGUAAUCUUGUACAUAACUCUAUGUGGAUUCCCACCGUUUUACAAAGCCGAUGGCAGGAUGCCGCUUGCGGAGCAAAUAAGGACAGCUGAUUAUUCUUUUCCUGUGGAUCAUUGGGGAAAGAAAAGUCUUAAUUCUCGAAAUCUCGUGAAAGAGUUGCUCAAAAUUAACCCGCGUGAGCGGCUCACAGCAACCUUAGCGUUGGAACACCCGUUUAUGACAACUCCAGGACCAAGCGAUGAUCUUCUGCCCACGUUGGCUUUGAUGCCACACAACAAUGCUGCAGACUCGUUCAAUCAAUCUCCUAUGCCUUCAGUAGCUCAGUCAACUUUAUAUUUGUCGACCCAUGAACAACUGCCUCAAGUAGAAAGCACUUUGGAAGAACCCGCUCCUGCGCAGACGGCCGGCGCGCCAUCGCCACCUCCAAUCAGCCGCAUUUUGACAAUCGAACGAGCAACAAAUAAUGCGGAUGCGCCUGAAGUGCGUCUUUCCGAGCUGCCAAUUGACCCCCAAGAUUACUCACAGCUUGCGUUUCUAACCGGUGUGUUGGGUAGCGAAGAUGCCACUAUUUAUAAAACAGCCCAUGAGGAGUUACCCGAGGGAGACAUGUUUCCUUGA